AUGCAACUGAGUAUUCUUUGCAGCGCCGUCUUGGCCAUCGUUACCUCUAAGGCUCUGGCUGCUGAGCAACCCAACGUUUCAGCAAGCCAAUCUCUUGAGCUGUUAAACAACCUUGUCACAGAACUAGGGGCAACUGGCGAUGUUCGAGUCAAGCUUGAAAAUGAAACUCCUGCCCUAGACGCCGAGAACGUGAUUCCGUUCCACAAUAGCCUCAAUGUCGCUUUCACUCGCAUUCUGGAAACCUUUCCUCAAAAGACCGGUGAUAUAUCAGUCGGUCCUUUUACCCAUAAGCAAGAAUCGGCGCUCUGUGCGCUGAUGCCCAAGAUUGCUGACGCCGGGCACCACGCCACUGAUACAUUGCUCACCCUGCCAACAUUCCACAAUGACAGGGAUGCCUAUCGAGCUGAGUUUACGCUAGGCCUAACGCUGGAGAACUUGUCUUAUCAGUUUAAUAUGCUGUAUUGGAGCUUCCAUGAUUCGGGGGCUGCGACGAAGUGUGACAGGCAAGCCCAAAGGAACUCGACAAUCCGUCACUGGCUCGAAGCCAGUCAUGGUGCCGACGGUCUCCGGUCUAUGCCACCGAGACCCCCAUCUCCAGAAGAUGCCCCAAGGGCAUCUCCAAUAUUGUUAAAGAAGGCUGGUAGAGGUAUCAGUCAUGAGUAUUCCGCAGAGUGCGACGAGUCACUCAGGAACAUGCACCUGGGCGAUCUUACACACCUCUCAGCCUGCUUUUUCGACAUGGACGUUAUACUUCAACGCACCAGCCGCGAUCUUAACCAGUUUUGCUCCAGAAUAGAUACUGCCGCCGAGCUCAUCACCAAGAAUAAAGAACUCCCAGGCUCCGACAUUUUGGCCGCGCUAAAAGCCACGAGUCCGAUUUUAACAAACAUAAUAAAUGCCAACACUUCGGAAAUAUCAGGCUUUAUGGAAAUGCUAUCCGGCAUGAGACAGACCAUGGAAGGAAACAAGCCUUCUAUUGCUAAUGACGGGGCGUCAUUCUGGACGCCUCCAAUAGACGCUGGGGCUUGGAAAAUUGCUCCAUCCUAUGAUGAUCCCUUCAUGAUUGCUGAAGAAGAGCAGCGUGUGCCUAUAUAUGAGACACCAGCUUGGGGAAUGGCCCCAGAAGACGAAACUUCAGCAAGUUGUCCUAACGAAGCUUCUCUCACAACGAGUGUACAGAGCUAUCCUGCUUCUCUAGAAAACCACUACAUCUUAAGAUAUCACGAUGAUAUCCAGGAUAUUUAUUCUCCAUGCAUCUACAUGCCUCGAUCGACAAGUUUCAGCAACCCAGAAUCACAAAGCCGCCGAGUAGUUCUCAACAACCUACCUGCCGACUCAACUGUCGCCCAAGUCCUCAAAAGCAUCAGAUGCUAUGGGGGAAUUAUGUCCAUCGUCAUGACAAAGAGCCUCUGCAAAACUAACAACGGACAGAAGUGCGCUCUCAUUGAGUUUGUGUACCCUGAGGCAGCAGCAGCCAUCACUUCUCACUUUCAAUACCAUAGACCUACGUUUCUCGAUAACAAGGGUACUAAGCAUCAACCAGAAGCAUACCUAAUUCCUACACCAUCAUACUUCCAUACCGAAAUAAACCACUAUCUCCUCGAUAGAGGUUGCACCAGGGCACUUUGUCUGCCAAACUUUCCCGAAGAAGCAAUAUGGCAACUCCUCUGCAUAAUUGGACUCAAACACAUCACCGAUGCUCAGCUAUCAUAUGGAAAUGAUCUAACCUUAGAGUUUACAUCCCUAUUUGAAGCAGAUCGGGCUGAAAGGCUGAUCAGAUGCGGCCACACUAACAUCGAAUACAACGCCACCCAGAACGAAAUGCGCAAUGUCCCCGAUUCCUCACAGGGAACCAUGCAAGAUAUUCAUGAUUCCAGCGGAGUCAUUCAGUACGUUGAUCCAAAUACACUGACCACAACAUGGAAUAGAUCACCUUACAAUACAUACCCUCCAACGGCGACCGCAGAAGUGAAAGCCAUCGUCCCGGGAGACACAAAGCCCACGCGAGAAGAAGUCCUCGCCGAAUACUUCUCAAUCGACCCCUCCGAAGUAGGAAGCUAUCUCGAAGACCGCAAAGCCUUCCAAGACACCACAUACAAAAUCAUCGGGAGCAACAUCACACUCACCCGCCACAAAUGGAGCUGGAACAUCAGCGCAGAAGACCACAUGAAGCUCCUCAUGGCGAAUACCUUACACGAUCCGGAAUGGGCAAACGAUUGGGACGAGUACUUUGCUGCUGCAGGGGCGCCAAAUUUGCGAACUUGGGAAGAAUACGGGAAGCUGGCUAUGCAUCGUCGAGAGUGCGCUGCCAAGCAAGGUUUGGAGGAAGGUACUGUGCCUGUUUGUACGGGGUGUGAGUUUGGGUGCGUGGGAUUGAAGAACGUGCCUGUUGCUGGUUUCAUAAAGGACUUUUUUGUCCUUAAACGGCCUGCGCCGACGGAAGACUAA